UAUAAAUAUCUUCUACUUGUCAGACUCACACAACUAAGAGACACCAGCAUCAAAACACUGUAAAAACGGGAGCUUGUAAUAACACUAUGGCUUGCUAUGACGGCUGUCAGUGCAGCAAUGACAGGAAGCAAAGCAGUAUCCUCUACAGCAUUUUAAAGAACGACAACCACGCGCAACUACGCAGACAUCAGGGGACCAUCCAGCGAGGUUGUCCCUGUGGGUCAAAAAAGAAAGUAGCCCUGAGAUUCCCGCAGGUGACCUGCAAAACUGCCUCUGCUGUUUUAGGAAAGACGCUGAAGUUUAUGAAGAACUUGCCUUGUUUUCAGGAACUACCAGUGCAUGAUCAGCUGGCUUUGGUCAGGAGUUGCUGGGCUCCGCUUUUAAUGCUUGGUCUGGCACAGGACAGAGUUGACUUUGAGACCACGGAGGCCCCAGAGCCCAGUAUGUUACAGAGGAUUUUAACUAGCGGGCAGGAGAAGCCAGGAGACACGCACCGGCAAAAUGAUCAACAGCUUUCAACGACAGAGAUCCAGGGCAUUAAAGCCUUUCUAGAAAAGUGUUGGGCGCUGGAUAUAAGUACCAAGGAAUAUGCUUACCUGAAAGGGGCCGUUCUUUUUAAUCCAGAUCUACCAGGGCUGCACUGUCUACAUUAUAUCCACUGUCUACAAAGUGAAGCUCAGCAAGCACUAAACAAAUAUGUAAAGAUUAUUCACAGAGAAGACCUUACAAGAUUUGCCAAACUGAUGAUUGCACUUUCCAUGCUGAGACCCAUUAAUGCAAAUGUCAUUGCAGAACUGUUCUUUAGACCCAUCAUUGGUGCAGUCAACAUGGAUGACCUAUUGCUGGAGGUGUUCUAUGCCAAAUAACAGCAUUAUUACUGAACGAUAAUGUACACUUAAAAACAACUGUAACCUAUCUUAAAAUGAACACAGUAACGUUUUGAUGAAGGUAUACAGAAAAACAGUUUGUGUUCAAAGACAGCACAGUUGUGCUACAACACAAUCAAUGCUGUCUUUAACCAAGAAUUUAUAACAAACAGUGUUUAUCGCUUAAUCCAAAUAUUUCUGGGACAGAUCUAUUAAGAACUUUAAGUUCAAUUUGCACAGGUUUUUUUUGUGAAAAAAAAGUUACAGACCUGUGACAAAAUUAGCAAUUUGAAGUAAAAUAAUUCUGUGUCCAUUUUCAUAGGUUUUUACAUUGAAAUGGGGGUAUAUUCACUUCAAAUAACUGUGCAUUGCUUAACUUAUUUGUUUUUAAACAUACAUUAUUUUUGUAUAAGUUACAUAAUAAUAAAUAAAACUAUUCUUGAUUUUUAGUCAUUUGCAGUGUAUUUGUAAAACACGAAUCUCUAAAUAUUUGGUCUAAAUGGAAAAACAAACUGAUCAUUUUAGAAACCAUGCAGCUGUCACUUACUAUGUAGUCAAGCAGCUGUCAUGCCUACAUUUAGUCCCUGGCAAUACUCCCUCCUUGACGGUAAACAUUGAAUCAAUCACAUUGAAUGGCUGCAGCGAGUGGCCAUUUUUUAUUAUUGCUAUUAAGAUUUGUUGUAUUUGAAAUGUUCAUAUCCACAAGUUUCUUUUAUUAAUGCGUGUGGGUUACUGUUAGUGCAGAACCAUAUGGUUUCUUUCUCUGGAAUCCUGUGUGUAAGUUAUAUAAGUAACCAACAUCACAUUCUGAAGUACAGAGGUUUUAUAUAACAGCUCCAGUAGAACACCAAAGGGUUCUAACACAACAUUUAUGCAACAUUUAUGUUUGUAUAAGCAAAUUCCAUUAAGUUUUAACUUAACAGCUACUUACUGUGUUAACUCCUUUCUUCUCAUUAUAAACCCUCUUAGCCAAUGAAAGCCUACAAUUCACAAACAUUUUAUUAUUUGUUUAUUUAGCAGACAUUUCACAUCUUAGUGUCAGCUGACUGCAAUUCUAGUGCUCAUCACCCAAAGUGUGAAUCCAAUUUUUCUCACCCCCUACCUCACCUAACCCCGCCCCUUACAAUGCAGAAUCAGGGCCAACGAUAGCCCUUGCGCUGUACUAUUGCUGAGUUUGAUACCAAAAAAUGACUCAGCUAUGUAUUUUUAGUAAUGUUACUACCGUAUUCCUGAGAAACAAAUGGGGCUGCUGCAGGGUUUGAUUUAAUCCAGGCCACAGUAAACUGUAUUUACCCUAUUUUGAAUCAAGUGCCAGUGUCUAUUUUCUGAAAGGAUUGACAUAAUUGUAGCAGUAAAUAAAAUAACACGAACAGUUACAUCACUGUUAUGAGUAGUUUUCUGACAGUUUUACAACUGAAAUUAUGGUAACACUUUAUUUGAAUUGGAUGUCGUGUAACACUUUUAUCAGGCUACAUAACAUAGUAUAACUAUAUGCAUAAUUCUCCAUCAUCACUUUGAAACCUGCCAAUAAUGUGCAUAUAAGUAUUCAUAACAUGUUGACAUAACAUUUGUUAGAAACCAAAAGCACAGUACUGUAAUUGAACAUGUCUGUGACUCAUUGGUCUUAGCACUAUUACAGGCAUUUUUCAGAUACUGAUUAUAAAAUAAUGAAAAUUUUUUUUGCAGCGUUAUAGUAACAAAAGGUUAUAUUUCAUGGCAUCAAUAUUUUCUGACACAUAUCGCCAACACUGAUUCAUAGAGAAGGCAUUGCAGUUCCUUUUCCAAAUCUGUACUUUAAACCCUACUCCAUUUAACCUGAUUCGCUGCAACAUCUUAAAAGAUUACAACAUUCAAUGUGACCCAACCAGGGAAGUCGUUCUGUGUUCAUUGUUACAUGUUGUUACAUUGAAAUGGAGGUAUAUUCACUUCAAAGAACUCUGCAUUAGCUAAUUUGGUUUUAAAAUACAUUAUUUUUGUACAACUUAAAUAAUAAUAAAGAAAACUAUUCUUGAUCUUUA